AUGGUGAGUUUUGUCCUUACUUAGAGCAUCUUUUAUUUCGCAUCGUGUCACAGCAUGAAAUGUAACACAAAUUCUCGGAGUUAUUUAUGUUGGUUGUGUAUUGGAAUAGCGUUGAAUUUAAAAGCUCUGCGUAAAGUUGACAAAUAGUGAAUGUUGUACUACGAAGCUAGCAUUAGCUAGCACCUAUGGCUAAAAGUUUAGCCAGUUUUUUUGCACAUGAUGGUUUUAUCUCUGAAUAAAAACAGACUGUAAGCAUCUAUGAUAACGCAAGUUGCGGAAGAGUCGUUUUUAUGUAAACAGGAAGGACAGUGUCACUCUCAGAAGCCUCUAACAUCGGUGUGUUUUGGGGUGUGUGCCACGUAGCUGCUCCUGGUUCAGGGUUCAGGGAUUCUGGGUUUGGGUGUCCCAGCAGAUCCAUGGCUGAUCGGGAUCAUAUUUCUGCCACUAUGGCAUGUGAGCUUGUAAACCUAUGUGAUCCCGCUCAGACAAUAAUAGAUUUACUCAGUGAAGAUUGAUUUAUCUAAAUCAGACGGUGAAACUGAUCAGGAGCCGCAAAUUGGACCCCAAUUUGUGAUGCCCAAAAAUGAGACCUAAUAAUAAAAGAUUAUAUUUGGUUGUAAAAUGUCAAAUUCUUUUAAAUUAUGUUUUUUAGGAGUAUUUAAAGGUUUAUCAUACACCAACUGGCCAUAACAUUACACCCCAAUACAACAGUUUUACUUUCAUUUCUCAUAUUUAUUCUGAAAAGAUCUUUUUCAUUAUUAUCAUUAUUGAUCAUUGUUGAAGUUUUGGUGCAUUAUAUUGAAACCUGUUUCUUAUUUUUUGCCCCUGUGUUUCUUAAAUAUAAGAAUAACAUUUCAUAUAUAAUAAUAAUAAUAACUUUAUUUUUAUAGCACUUUUAAAAACAGAUGUUUACAAAGUGCUUUGACAAACAGUUGCAAAGCAAAGAACAUCAGCACAUGGCAAUAAAAACAAAAGCUCAGUUCAAAACAAGGCCUCCGAAUUGAAGACCAAUUUUAUUUGUCAUAAGAAACCCAGACAAUACAAGAACCCUACAACAUAAAAUGAGAGCAUGAGGACCAAAAUAAAAACAUAAGAUAGGUAGGAAGAAGAAAUGUAAUAGAAAAGGGGGGUAGAAAGCAGGAAACAGGAUAGUAAGUGAGUUUUUAAAUUUGACUUAACGUACACAGUACACGGCUGCCUCUCACUGCAUCUUCAAUGAUAAAUAUUAAAGCUUCCAUGUGGAGUUUUUUUUAUGUUGAUGACAGAAAUUUAUACUGAUGUCUUUUUAUAAUAUUCAAAAGCAAAAAAGAUCAAAGGGACAAGAUUGAAAACUUGUAUAUUAUAAAUUUUAAUGCCUGAAGUUGGUGUGAGGGGGAAGUGUCGGCUGAGCAGCUGCAGAAACAGGCCAAUUUCAAAAACACAAAAGUGAUACCAAAUCUCAGACCUGGAAUCCACUGGAUUUAUCAUAGAUAGGCCAGUGUCACACCAGCUUUUGCCAGGCUUUACCUUGCAUACUAGUAUUUGUGUCAUAAUGUUGAUAAUCAAACACAAAAAUUCGUAGAGACAGAGCAAGUAAUCACUGAUUCAUGACUUUUAGAAUUUAUUGACAUCUGCCGAAGACUAAUUAAAGUAAUAACAAACAUCAGCAUAGGCCUGUGCCUGCUCUCAUGAGAUCGGGUUUAUAAUUAUUAUUAUUAAAAAUUGUAAUAAAAUGUCUGCAGAGAGUAAAGGCAGCCUCAAACUAUUUCUUCUAUUUCAUAAAUUGAUUAAAAAUCCAUCUAAAAAUGCUAUAGGCUAAGAUAAGCAUGAGUAUUAGAUUGUAAUAUAUGCGUAGAGUAAUGGAUGUAAUGAUUAUUAUCACGAUUAAAUUGUUGUAUUUUCCUUCUUGAAUAUAAAAAAAACAUGAUAUUUGCAUGAUGUAGUGGUCGCCUUUGUAAUUAUCUUUAUCAGUCAAAUAUUAAAAAAUAUGACUGUAAAUCUAAAUAUCCUGUCCUGUCCCUCUAAUCUUACAUUAAGUCUUUUAUUAACCGUGUUACUGAGUGUAGGUCUCCACUGCAAACUCACUUUUAUCACAGCGUCUAAAUGAACAGCUGGUACAACAACAUUCCUCAGUAGAAGCAGCAGAACAUGUCUGUCAGGAGGAAACAAGAGGACUUCUGUAUAUUUGCUCUGAUAUUUGUAAGACCUAUCUCUGCUGAGCAGAAACAAAAGAUCACGUCUGUGUUUAUUUUCUUCUGUCUUGCAGUCGGCCAUUUUCAACUUCCAGUCACUGCUGACAGUGAUUCUCCUCCUGAUCUGUACCUGCGCCUACAUCAGAGCGAUGGCUCCCAGCCUGCUAGACAAGAACAAGACUGGGUAUGAUCAGACACUGCUCAUCAUAACAUCUGAGUAACGCUCUUUUGGAAGGGAUAUUUAGUGAAUAAAUGACCUAUUAAAUCCAUCUUUGUGCUUCUCUAAUGAAAAGCACUGUCAUAUGUAACAAUUCCUGGAGUUCCUACAUUAAACAUCAGCAGCAUGUCGUGCUGUUUACACCAGGAAUGAUCUUUUUAAGGGGUUGCAUUUUAUUUCGCAUUUAGUUUAAUGUUGCUAAUUUUACACCUUAAGUUAUUUUGUUGUGCGAUUUUAUCAUCCGGAAGCUUUUGGGUGAAAUCAGGACAUCUAAAAACUCACAACCCGAUCUUAUUUUUCUAAAAAUCUCAGUCAAUGCCAAAUCAUCUCCUCGUGAGUUGGCUGCAGCUUUAAGUAAACAUCCAAAAUGUUCGAGCGUAUAAGAAGCUCGCUCCUCUUAGAAGUGAGUGAAGUAGCAGAAAGCCUAGAUUUUCAUCAUUACUGAAUCAUUAUUGUUCUUGGAUAUACAGACUCCAUGAUUCACAUCUAACAAGUCUGGCACAGCCCUGGAACUGCUGCACUCAUUCUCACACACACACACACACACACACACACACACACUCUUCACACACACACUCCAUCAGAGCAGGGAGGGACAUCCUCUCCAGACAAACACAUGAGGCUGAGGGUGGCAGAUGGGAUGAUUUAAUACUUUUCCCUCUUGAUUGAUUUGUUGACUGAGGCAUGAGACAUAAUUUCUGUUGAUUUGGUUUGUUUGUGUGGCAGGGAUGUGCCUUCAAUCUGAGGAGAAUAUCGACUCCAGGCUAAUUCUAGGAAUGUGUACUUUAACAGAAAAACAUGUCAACAUUCUCCGUAAAAAAAACAUAUUUGCCCGUCAUGUCGAAACGUAACUUUGAACCAGGGUUAAUCUAGGUCAAUAAAAAGGAUUCACGAUGGGAUGCUGACACCAUCUGGUCAGUUUGAAAGCUAAAGAGAGCUGGUGGAUGGAUACACUUUAAGACCACCGCAGACUCUCCCGCAGGCCAGCAGACACAUCAGAAAAGUGAAGGCCUGGGAUGCCACAUUUUCCUUAGCUGUCACCAGUGAUAAUAAGAUCUGCCUGCUGUCCCCGUUUCUUCCACUUAGUGCACUCCUUACAUGGACAUCUGAGGACUCGCUGGGGUUUUAUGGAGCAGUUUUCACAGUUUUCUUGUAAAGUUGACGGUGGUUUGACAAGAAGAGGAAAAUAAUGGCAUGAACUGUUUUGAAAAAUUUGUUUUUUUUUCUGAUCUCUCAGGCUUCUAGGGAUAUUCUGGAAGUGUGCCAGAAUAGGUAAGCCUGUGAUUUCCCCUGUGUGUUUUGAAUAAAGUCAUAUUUUGUCUGUUAAUAUCAUGCUGCCAUAGACUUUAAUCUAUUUAUUUAUUUUCUCCAGGUGAGCGAAAGAGUCCCUGGGUGGCAGCCUGCUGUGUCAUCAUGGCCUUUAGUAUACUGUUCCUACAGUAGCAGUCCAAAGCAAACCACAAGAGGGAACAUCGGGGGAAUGACUGGGCAAAAGGCACGGACAGUACAAUCCUAGAAGCACAACAGGACCUCCAGGGGUUGUCACUGAUAAUGUAAAAACAGAGAGACGUCAACACUCACUGAGGGCACGGAAAGAGAGAAAAUGUGUCUGUUUAGGGGGGUGGGGUGAGCUGAUAGCCCCGGAGUGUGGCGUGAUCCCUCCAUGGACCUCCAGGUCUGUCCCUGUGUUUGCUUAUGUGGAAUGUUUACUCUGGAUGUAUGGAUGUGUGUGUAUGUGGGGGGCCAGUGCUUUCUGUUAUCUGCCACUCGGUCUAAAGGAAAGGAUUCAGAUUGUGGCAUCAUUUCUGGGAUCAAAUAGUACAUGGUUUGUCCAAACAUUUCAAACAUAUUCACUCCCCCCUUUUGAGUUUGUCACAGUUUUAUCGAAUUCUCCACUAAAAAGACUUUCAUAAGUGUUCACGAGUCUCACAUGUCGAGGCUCAUGUACUGCAUGUAAACUGAGGGGUGAAGAGGUGUGCUUUGGACCACCUCAGCUUUUUGUAACCCUGUUUGGUGAUCAGAUUCUGCGUUGAACAAAUUGAGAGUAUGGGUCUUCAAAUGUCUCAUGAUCAUUCAGAUUUGCCUCCAAGAGCUACUGAUGUUUUUAAAGUCAGUCAGUUUUUUGCUAUUUAUUAAAGAAGCAUUUUUGGAAAUUGAAGAAGGCUGAUUUCUGUCAUUUGAAAUUGAAGUGUUUGUUGCUCACGUAUUUCUGUUCGUUGUGAUCAUUAUUAAGACUUUAAACUUGCUAAGUACAAUUUGACAACUCUGUUAAUACUUUGUAAAUGUCAGGCUUUUGAUGACAUACGCCAUGUGUAAGAGUGAUUACAACAGGGACAAAAAUGGUCGGGUAAAGAGGAAAAUACGACCAGAGGUAUUUCCAUAGCAGUUCAGUUCCGUAGCGAGGGCUCAGGGUGCCUCAGAGUGAGAUGGACAGUGAAGAGUUAGCGAUAACCUCUUCCAUAACCUUGCAGUCAGCACUCAUCUUCACACGGUUCACUGCAAAGAGCCGUCAGCUGAUCGCUCCACACAACAUGGCAAUGACAUAUCUGUAAGAUAUUAAGCUACAGACAUUGUAGUGUAAGAUGUAUCAAAAUAAAGUUUACUCUCAUACCAACACAAAACUUGAGAGAAAUUCCUUGAUGUUUGCUUUAAGAUUUGAGAUGAAAUUCGGAGGACUCCAGAGAUUAUUGGGAAGGUUUUGGAAAAGUUAUGACUGUGUUUUUGUGCUGAUUUAGAUGACAGAUCCUCUAAAUUUCAUCUCUGAGCUGUGGCAUCUUGACAGCCAAAGCAGAGCAAUAAAAUUCAGAAUAGUUUGACUUUAUUUUUGAAGUCAUUUAUGUUGCCAGUAAUGGGGAAAAAAAACCUAAUAUUUAUAUAACCCUCACAAAUCUGAAAGACAUAAAACGAUUAAAGCAUGUUUGUUAGGAAGAAUGAAAAAGCUGAAAUCAAAGUCACUUCACUCACAGUGUGUCCUGAAACUGGAGGAAGGGGCUUGUUGACACGCUCACCUUUGAUACACUGAUCGAUGUUGAGAGUCCGGAUCCUAACACCCCCCACGCACAGACCCCUAUUAGGAAACAUGGAUCCCAUAUUGGUACACAUCCGUUUUGGCACACCCCAGCUGAGAUAACGCACCAAGUGAUGGCUGCCGGUAAAGCCGUGAUUAUCAGGCAGUGACGCAGAUACAGGAGACACAGAGGAGCAGAAGGCUCUCAGUCAUCCACUUCUAUCUUGGGAAAAACAGAUACUGGAGGGGAACAUCACUGGGUCAAUGAGCCGAGCUAAUGUCCUGGGUGAUGAUGAAAGGAAAACGAUAUGGAGGACCUGAAGUCACUCACUCAGCUGGUGAUAGCAGCUGGAUCAUUAUCAGUCCCAUCCUGGUUAUUCACACAAAUGAAACAUAUGAGAAGAAUAAGCGCUCUCUUUGAGCACGGUGGUGAAUAAUAACCCUUACUAACAUUAGGACAGUUUAACAGAUGGUUCCCGGGUUUGGAUACAAGCCUUUUGAGUCAAACCAUUUUUCUCUGCUCAAAUCAAAAUGAUUACUCUUAAUCGCCUUUAAACUGCGGGCACAGUUGAGACGACAAAGAACAAUAUCUGGCAGCAAAUCAGUGACCGGACACCGAAUGAAAACAACAUUUGGAAGGUCUGUGCUGCUUCUAAAUGACUUAAUGCAAUCCCUGAUUUCUGUGUUUGAGUUGGCUGAUCAAGAUUUACUCAUGUGGUUGCCAAAUGGCUUAGGGACCUUGUUGUGAUAGAACUCAGCUUUACAUGCAACUGUUGAGCAUCAUUAACGUCACCAUCAAAGUUUCUGUUUCUCGGGUCUCAGGGCAAGGCUGGUAAAGCAAACUACGCUUUGAUGUAGUAAAAAACUAUUAAAUUAACUUCUGCAACAAGUUAAACUGCAUCUAAAACCCAGUCUUCCUGUAACCAGAUAGUUUUAGUACAUUUAUUUAUUCAGCUAUUUUAAUUAGUAACCCCCUCCCCUUUUAAUUCCAUUGAUAAUAAUAAUAAUGAUAUUAUUUAUAUGGAACUUUUUGAAAAGUAAAUAGUGCCGAGCAAUUCAAAACAGUUGAAGCAGUUAGCGGUUGUAGUUAUAAAAGAAAUUUAACAACAAACAAGCUUCAUAAAAGUUCAAAUAAACUUAAAUUCCCAACUAAGUUACCACCUGGGCAUCAGAGGGAAGACUGGAGUAAAAGAAAGUCACUCCUAGAUCACAAGCCUCUUUCUAAACAUUAUUAGAUAAAGCACCCAGGCUGGAGGACAGAUUACUCAGAGACAGGGUACAGGGAAUUAUGGUCAUAACUUCAGAUUUGAAGUUAUUCAGCAGCAGACAUUUUUCAAACAUCCAAUUCUGGAUUUCAGUCAGACAGACAUAAGGUGAGACACAUGGUUUUAACUGAGCAUGGAGCUAAGUGUCAUCUACAUAGCGGACAGUCUAUACCAUGCCUAUGCAAGAGUAGCCCCAAGGAGAGCAUGAAUAUGAUUGCAGCUAGAAAUUGAAGCUCCCUUAAAUGAAUUUUAAAAGAUUAUACUGGAAAGGUUUAUCGACUUGAUACAGCACACAGAUGCAAGAUCACAGGAGACAAAUCGGUUAUAUUAGGAAGAAGAAUAAAUGACAAAUACAGAAUAAAAUGAGAUAGUAAAACCAGUCCAAUAGUUGUCAACAAUGUCCCAGGGUCCAAGGUGCAAGGUGCCUAAAAGUCCAAUCUGUGGUACAGUUGCUACUCCUGGAUGCAUGUUACACACACUGUAACCUGUGACAUAUACAGUGAAUAAAAGGGGACCCAAGAAAGACCCCUGGGGAGCUCCACAUGAGAGAGGAGCACAGCAGGGAGUAGAGGAGGCACUCCAGAAAAAUACAUUUUUGGUAGACAUAAAAUGAACCGGUCCAGCGCCACAUCACCAAGACAUCGUGGUCGACCGUAUCAAAGGAUGAACUCAGGUUUAGAGGGAUCAGCAUAGAGGAUAAGGCAGAAUCAGCUGAAAGCUUUAAAUUGUUGGACACCUUGACUAGAGCAGUUUUUGUGCAGAGAAAGAUCUGAUUGUCAGUCAUAAAAGAAAUCAACUGUGUGGAUGCAACUGUUUCAGAGUUCCUGGAUAAAAACAGCAGCUUAGAGAUGUGCCUAUAAAUGUUUGGAACAGAGGGAUCUAGAGAGGGUUUCUUCAGGAGGGGGUUAAAGGUGGUAAAAAGGUAAAAAUAGGAGGGAGGAACCCCAGACACCAGUGAACAGUUAAUAGCAGUUAAAUUAUCUGGACUAACUGUCUAUUUUUAAUAACCAGGUAGUUAAACAGAUCUUUUUUUUUUUUUUACAUUAUUUCAAAUUCUUUUAUUCAGAGGUUACCCUUGGGUACAGUGGUUAUAUGUAAGAUCUAGUUCAGUACUUAGUUUCCCCCAAAGUUGAAUACAACAGCUGUAACUCUUGCAAAACUUGCCCAGACCUUAACACUUUAUUCAAAACAUACCUAGCCAUGUGAAGCAGAGUUUGACCUUUCAGUUACAUGCGUUUUGAAUUUUUUUUUGUCCUGUUUUGUAAAAGAUUUCAAUUGACACUCACCAGAGCGCAUUUCUCCAUGUCCAGUAUUACCUUUGAUUUCAGGGAUUAAAGGAGCGGCCAAAAUGUGACCGCAUAAAAGUGGCAUACGAUUUGGAGUUCUUAUCCAAAACUGCUCAUUAAACAGGGUGUGGUGUCUCAUGCUUCAUUAAUUUACAUGAACAAUCACAGAAAAUGUCAGCUGUGUCGUAAAACGCCGUGUAUGAUUGAUGAAAACAGUCAGGAGUCAUAUUGACCCAGCUGAUUGGUACAAUAAAGAGCUCAUUCAGAUUAAUGUUAUUCUUUUAUCCUCCUGUAAAAGUGGAAAAUUGUUCUCAGAUGAGUGUUAUAGACAUUUCCAUUGGAUUUCAUCUUUGCAUUAACACAUUUUCUCCCAGCAGAUAAUCUGUGAUGAAUCCUAUCCCUUCAUUAACCCAACCGUGUACAUCUUCACCCGCAGAAUAAAAGCCAAAGUGCAUCAUGCCCAUUUCCUUGUCUCCUUCUUCCCUCCUUUGAUCAGGCAGUUGAGUUUCUUGCAGUCGCUUUGAGGACUUCAAAGGCAAUCAGGCUAAUAAAGUCUUCAGCAUCUCCCGCUGGGCCGACCAGAAGUGGCCAAACAGACCUUGACCUUUAAAAUGAUCAGUGGAGCCUGAGUGAGGCUGAUACUUUUGGAGAGGAAGAAACUUGCAAAAGAGGUGAGACACCAAAUGAGAUAAUAAGAGGGAGAUGGGAUAUGCAGCCUAAAAAAAUAUAUGGAUAUGACAGAUUAGUCCUAACUACCACUUGUGAGUGUCAGCGAUCAGCCUCCCAAUGACCCCAUAGUUUGCUGCUUGGUUGUUCAUUUAUUCAAAAGCUUGCGGCUGCUCAGUCACAUAGGACAGCAAGAUUUCUCCCAAGGCUGCUUUCAGCCACAAACCCCAACUCUUCUUUAGACUUAGAGGAUCACAAAGGCCACAGUAUGAGACUCAAAGUGCCUGACAUCACAGUCAAAAGCCUUUGUUCUGUCCUCACUUCCUCAUUAGGAUCGUACAAGCGCUGUCUCACGCUUUUUAGGAAAGAAAUUACAAGAAAGGGGUUGCCUGCUGAAAGACUCCAAUAUCCUCAAAAAUUCUUGGUUGGCUAAUCUGUCAACAAUAAAUAAACUACACUGCAUAGCUUAUGCCUGUACAUCCUCAACCUGCAAGUUAAGUCUUCUGGGUCACUCUAACUCCUUCCACAUGUAAUCUUUUACCACAUAUUUUAUGGUAACAAGAGAAAUUUUUAAACUACGCCGUGGCAGACAGCUCCCUGUGGCCGCCGAAACUGGGGCACUGCAUGUCUCCUUUGAAGGUGGCAUUUGCAGUUUGUUCAGAGGACAUCUCUCUCCAUGCUCAUUAGCCCAAGGCAGGAGUCGUCUCUGCGUAACAAGGCAGUCCCACAAAGCUGCAAAGCCCAAGGUCUGUGCCAGCAGGGAUUUAUCUGUGGUAGAAACAGAUACGAAGUUACAGUGAUAUGAAAUAAUGAUGAGGCUGAAGAAACUGUAGACGCUUUGAAACUUGACUAAGUGCCUCAGCAACGAGACGCCGUAAGGUGGAAAGUGAAAAGUACGAAUGAUUUACCUUGUGUCAUCUUUUUAAAUUAAUCACUCCUGCAUCUCAAUUUCGAGCACUCUUCCUCCAUCGUCUACACUAGCUCACCGAGACAACAAUAAUGAAAACAAUCGUGGAUAUCCUUUUUUGUUUUAUUUAGCUUUUUAGUACUUUCUCUAGCUGUAAAAGAAGUGACCACGAGGCUGUUUUCUCCUGGAUUCUUAAAGAGGAAAUUACCAAAUCCCAGAAACAGGUUAUUGAGCCUCAGGUUAUCCAACAGAAACGAACUGUUACCGUAAUUUUAUGCUUACUCACUCAUUUUCAUUAAAGCAACACUGAGUUCAUGCAGGUUCUCAACUUGUCCCAAAUGCGUCACUCUCUCUUACAAGUGGUUUGAUAAUACUCUCACACAGCACUUCAAUUCCUGGGAAUGUGUUGCAAUCUUAAAAAUGGGGAAUCAGUCAUUGUCCUAUCCUGAGAUCCACUGAUGAUGUGUUGAUUUUGCAAUGGAAGAGUUGUUUUGGCUUCUGUGCAAGUGUGAGUCUCACCCAGCGGUGACCUGAGAGGCAGGGUCUAACGGGCCAGUUCUUUAGUUUGCUCAGAGGAGUCAGUCCCACGAAAACUUCUAUUUAACCGCAUCCGUGUCUCAUAUUGCUGACACACCUUUUCGUAGGAGUCGUCACCUGUGUCGGCCUUUUUCAUGUAGAGAAGAUGAGUCGUUGUGAGAUCUACUUCUUCUGUGGGAACUCACAGUUUGUUCAGUUCUCCCAUAGACUGUAUGAGUUCACCUGAUAGUUCAAGAUUUCAGCAAAGUGGCAGAAAACGCCCAAAAGCUCCCUUGACUUUUUCAUUUUCCCAUUUAACCCCAAAACUAUCACCACAUAAUCUCAUUGUGUUUGAAUUAAAUUACAUAACCAAUAUGUUAGCUUUGGCAUCGACUGUGAAACCUCUUUUAAUGGUUAUUGUUGUCCUUUUUUUGUUUAUUCUCUCACACACCAUUGGUCACCAUAGCUAGCUCGGGCUAACAUCUCUGCGGUCAGUCUGCCAUAAUAAAACCAGUCUGUUUGUGGUGAAUAAACCCAAACUGUAAAAACACUUGAGCUGUAACAUUUUUAUGUAAAUGAAGAUGAAAAAUUGCUUUUGUUGCCACUAUUUGAUCAGACCCUUUCAAUCUGACGUUCUUUGUGAAAUUAUUUGGCUGUGUUGGUGAAGCUCUUCGUGUUUCAGCAUCUAUGUUCGCCUCUGUCGUGGGAAGUGUUUCUGACUACCAGAAUUUCAAGUUCCUCGAUCACUUCCAGGAAGACCAAGGACUGUUUCCACUUUGGCAGCUCAACAGGCCUCCCGAGUACAGCAAGCAGGUUUCCAGGCAUAAGCUGGGACGUGCUCGCCUCUACUUCAUCUCUCAGAGCUGCCAUAGGAACGGUGCAGAUGUUGGAACAACACACAUCCUGUAA